GUCCGCCCGUCAAAGUCUCGUGUUAUGGCUCGCCAUCGAACGCUCACCACUUCGCCCCGCUUUUGGACUCCCGCCAGCUCACUUGCUCCCGACCGCCACCUCUUCCUUUGACGACGUGUCCUAACUAGCCUCCCGGCCGUCCGGCCACACACAACUCCCCCCGUCCUCGAGACUCUAACUCCCAGCGGCGACUAAAAACCGACCGUCCACAAUGCCUCAGGCAUCCCGCAUCGUCGCGCGAGCAGCGCACGGCGAAAAGGACGCGGCGACCAAGGCCCAGGAGCAAGAGUUCAAGCGCGCGAGGGGCGCGAUAUCUUGCGCAGAAUGCCGCCGCCUCAAGCUCAAGUGCGACAAAACCGUGCCCUGCGGCUCGUGCAAGCGACGCGGGUGCGAGUCAAUCUGUCCGAACGGCAGUCUUACGACGGGCCAGGGAACCAGGUUCAUCCUCGCCGACACCGACAGGCUGCACAGGAAGAUCACCGAGAUGAGCGACCGAAUACGCCAGCUCGAAGACGCACUCGCGAUCAUGCAGUCCGCCACGACGCGGGACACGCACCCACUCUUGCGCGCCGACCUUCUCAGCAUCAAGUCAGGACUUGACCUGCAUUCGGCAGUGAACUCAAAGACAGGAGCCCCACAGACGGAGCAGGAAGUGGAUGAAGAGUCACAGGCGAUAGAUGCGUUCGGCACGCUUGCCGUGCACGACGACGGCGCGGCGACGUUCUACGGACGUUCAGCUGGUUCAGAGAGCCUCUUGCUGGAUGAGAAGGCCGCUGCACCCGCGGAGCCAGCCGGCGCUGCACUCAAUAUGGACUCGUUCCAUCCGCACAUCCACGACCUUGCGAAUGCUUUCCCUGCGGCAGCCGUGGCGCUCGGAGACGCAUCAAACCUGCAAACCUUGGUUGCGGAUCACCUCCCCGAGUGGCCGCGCGCGCAAAAGCUGUGCGAGCUCUACCUAGAGCAAGCACCAUGGUUUUUUGGUGCCAUUACCCGUCGACAGCUCCUUGAGGAGCUCCUACCACUCUUCUAUGGCGAAGCGCUAGACCUGCAGGGUGCAGACAAGCCUGGAUCGUCGCCGUCAUCCUACAAUCCCGACAGUCCCCCACAGCCGACACUCGUCGUCUCGAGCUCGGCCUUUGUCAGGUCUUCGACCGGCGGUGCGUCGGCGCACGAACUGGCACUCCUGUUCGUCGUCUUUUGCUUCGGCGCACUGACGGACCCGAAGUUGCCACCUGCCCCAAACAACAUCGAAGCGUCGACGUAUUAUCACCUCACCCGGGCAGCGCUGAACAUUGAGCCUGUCCUCGAUCGCCCACCUAGUGUUGCAACCGUCCAGACCCUCAGUCUCAUGGGCAUCUACCAAGGCCUUGUCGCCGACGAGCACAGUAUUGAGACUACUUGGGCCCUCAUGGGAUUAGCCUGUAAACUUGCGCAGAGUGUCGGCCUUCAUCGCGACUGCGCAAGGUGGAAGCUCCCUCCGGCCGAGGUGCAGAAGCGCCGUGCGCUCUUUUGGGAGCUUUUCAUCACCGACUGUUGGCAGGCUCUGGCCACUGGUCGGCUGCCGUCGUUCUCUCUGCCUUUUGUGGACGCGGAGCUGCCAGCGGACCCGGAUGAGACGCUUGCCGAAGACGGCACACCCCAGCCCAGCUUCCCGGCCUGGAAGGCGAUAUGGGGCAAGGAGUGCGUGUCGGGGGUUGUCGAGGUUACACUAAUGUCGCGUGCCCCCAAAUACUCGGCGAUAUUAGAGCUUGAUCGUAGGCUUCGAGAUGUGGCGCUACCCAGUUACGCUGUUGGACCUGCCCCGAAGGGGGCAUCGCUGAGCGAGACGAUGAGACACUUUAUGCCGAUCAACUAUCGCGAAUUUACCUUGCUAUACGUCCACCGCUGCUUCUUCGCCCAGGCACUUGCCGAUCAUCCGAAGGACCCGCUGCGUAGCCAGUACGCACCGUCGUUCCUCGCGGGUUAUCGCAGUGCCUGUGGGCUCAUCGACACGAUACGGGAGCAGUUCGCUAUCAAUCCCAUGCAGAUUGCAAGAUUCUGGGUGUUGUGGACCCAUGCGUUCUCAUCCGCCGUCAUGCUUGCUUCGGUGGUUACACAUGGAGGGACUACAAAGAUGGCCCACGCUGCCCUCGGCGAGCUGCGGUUGGCCGCUGCGCUAUUUGAGCAGGCGGCGCCCUUUGGCGGCCGAGCUAUCAAAUUCUUGACGGUGCUGAGAUGGUGCUCCUUUCCCUUGAAGCCUAUUAUCCGAAGGUUGCACCGGAAGGCGUACCAGAGUUUCAGCGAAGGCUAUGGUCGCCCCGUCAAGGACAUAUUCACGCCACGCGACUUCAAGAACGAAGAGCAAGACGAGCUGUCUAUUUUCAGCGGGCGCACGAGGACUGUUGCCACAAAGGCAGUGAAGCCACAGCAUUCGGCUCAGAAACGGUCUACUUCCCAGCGCCAAACGGGCGUUCAUUCUCCCGGCAUGACUGAAGCAUCAUCCUCCAGCGGCAGCGGGGACUCGCCGCACGCGUCGCACUCCCCGACGACUGCGCCGGAGUCUCCCGAAAACAUGCCUGCUCUGGCCGUGUACGGCAGCUCGGUGCACCCGAUGCUCGUCGACGACAUGCGCACGUUCGAGGGCCAGCUCGACGCGCAGAUACACAACGCCCAGCAGCAGUACUACCAGUCGAACGGGUCGCCACAGCUCAGCCCGCCGGGAGCGGGUGAUGAGUAUCCCCAGGUGUCGCCUCUGCAAGAGUACGAUCCGCAAGUGCUGGGGUACGAGCAGCCGGAAGAGCCCGACUGGCGGUGGCACCAGCAGGAGUCCCAGUCACCGCCGGUUUCUGCUCAUGUACAGCAACCGGCGUAUGACACUCCGUACCACUCGCCGCAACAGCCACAACAGCACCAGCAGCAGCCACAACAGCAACAGCAGCAACAGCAACAGCAACAGCAGCACUACCAUAAUGGGCAACAUGUCGCCGAGUUUCAUGCCGCGGAGUAUGCUGCGCCCAUGUACGGCAUUGACAGCGGGCCAGCCGUCCAACAGGCCUCGUCCGGGUACACUGCGCAGUCUGCGCAACCCGCGCCGGCGUACAUUCUAGACCCACAGCAAGAACAGCAGCAAACCCAACAGCAGUACUGGCAAGCGCCUGCCGCUCCGGAGUAUCAUACGCAGGCAGCCAUGUACCAUGACCCCACGGACGGACAGUACCAAGCGCCGUCGCAGGCUCAGCCACAGAAUUUGCAUGGCCAGCCCUCUGGAUUCGUGGCAGCGCACAUAGCGCAGUACCCCGCACAGCAUCCUUCGCACCAGCACCCUCGCCAGCACGUCCAGCAUCCUUCGCACCAUCCCCAGCAGCACGUCCAGCAUCCUUCGCACCAUCCCCAGCAGCACGUCCAGUACCAGCAACAGCCGGCCGCGCCGCCGCCACCGCGCGCUCAGCACCCCCAGCAUGUGCAGCACCCCCGGCACCCCCAGCAGACGUCUGCGGUGCUCUCGGUGCACUCGGGAUCGUACAGCCUCCAGGAGACGUGGACAUCGUUCAUGCAGCACGAGCUGCCCGCACCGCCGCGACCACAACCGCCGGCCCUGCCUCUCACGCAGGCGCCGCAGUACGGUCGCCGCUGAGAGCGACUGAUGCGCGCUUAGAUGUGGCGCUUAGAUGUGAUGUCUGCAGUAGAUUCUCGCUUCGACUCUCCCUCGUCCGUGGUUUCUCGGUUCGUUUUUCCGCCAUCUACCUCGCUCUCGUUCGUCCCCUUCCGCUACCCUUCCUUCUCUCAUGGCCUCUGUUUUCUUUUAUGGACUCGUUUAUGCCCCUGGCUGUGUAUGUGUUCUGACCUCGCUCUCUCCUCAGAAUCCCAGUUGUUGUCACCUAUGCCUCUCUUAUCACCUCGCUCUCAGUGUACUGUAGAUGAAACAUGUUCCUUGUAUCGAAGUUAUAUUACUUUCGGGGUGGGC